AUGUGUAAGGGACUGUCGGGGAUUCCCUCAUCAUGCCUGGAGAGGGCAAAGGGGAUGCGAAUGAAGUUCAGUCAUCUGGCAGAGAAACAGGACUGGAUCCAUAAACACAAGUCUCAAGAGGAGAAGACUCUACAGGAUCUGGAAUCUCUUCUCAGCAGCAAAAUGGGACUGCAGGCAUUCCGAUGGUUCCUGCGUUCGGAGUUCAGUGAGGAGAACCUGGAAUUCUGGCUGGCUUGCGAGGAAUACAAACGCACGCCGGAGAGCAUGCUGGGAACUAAAGCCCAGAGCAUCCUCACACAGUUCAUCAACUCCGACGCCCCACAAGAGGUGAACCUCGAUUCGGAGACCCGUGAGGCGCUGUGUGGGGUGCUGGGAGCGCCGGACGCUGGCUCUUUUGACCACGCUCAGCAGCAGAUCUACACGCUGAUGGCCAAAGAUUCCUUCCCUCGGUUCCUGCGCUCCUCUUACUGCCAGCAGGCUCUGAGAGCUCUCUAA